AUGACCCCUCCUCCAUUGUAUAUUUGCCAUGGCUGCAGUGCACAGAUGCACGCAAUUAAGAAUAGCGAAGGAAAUUUAUCGUGUUCCGUAUGUGGAUCUGAAUUUGUAGAGGAAAUUGAACAACAGCCAACCCAAAGACCAACAAUUCCAUCAACCCAUCAUCAUCAUCAACAUGACCAACACUCUACGCAUCAUCGUCAUCCCCCAUCGCAUCAAAUAAUAUUUGAAGAUUUAGAUGCUAUGAAUGUCGAUGAUGAUAUUUUCUCUAGAGCUUUUAACCAUGUGAUUAAUCAACCAUCAUCAUCACCUCCAACAAACAAUCAUUCCACACAAGCUACAGCCACAACUACUAGAACUCGUUCAUCAUCGAGUGGAUCAGCACCUCGUAGAACACAAACAAUUUCAAUUACUUUCGGAGGAGGAGAUGGAAAUACAAGAACAAUUACUAGAACAACGAACGGAGAUGAACCUUUACCUAAUAUUAUGGAACUGUUCAACAGUUUGAACGGAAUGGGUGCAUUAAGUCAACAACCAAAUCAAUCACAACAACCACAGCAAGGAGCUCAACAACAACAACAACAAGGAGAUAAUCAACCUCAACCAAACGUGCCUCCUCAAAUGCAACAAGAUCCUAUUUUCCAAAUAUUCGACAUGUUAAAUAAUGCACAUCAAAGACAACAUAACAACAUGCCAAACAAUUUCUUCAGAAUUGGUUUUGGAAAUCGAGGCAUGUUCGACUUUUCACACUUUAUGCAACACAUUGGACAACCAUUCAAUGGAAUGACCUGGGGUGAUUAUGUCUUUUCCGACAAUUUGGAUGACAUUAUCACCAGAAUGAUGAAUGCUAUGCAAGGACAAGGUGGUACUCCUCCAGCCUCAGAAACGGUAAUUUCUCGUUUAAAGACAAGAAAAGCGACUGCUUCCGAUUGCAAAGAUUGUGCUGUUUGUCAAGAUCAAAUCAAGGAAGAAGAAGAUGUCACAGAGCUUCCUUGUGGCCACAUUUAUCACAAAGAUUGUGUCGUACCAUGGCUACAACGUCAUGCCAAUUGUCCCAUUUGUAGAUCAGAAAUUGGAAGUAAUGGUGAAGCUCUUCCUCCUCACUCGUAUGAAAAUCAGCAGUAA